AUGUCCGAGUUGGUAGACACCAGCAGUGUAUCGGAAAGGAGUCCCGAGCGUGGCUCAAGGGCUGAUCGUGGAGUGGCACGUAAACCACUAGGCACUGCUCUAGUUGCGAAGCAGUCGCUGCAUGCCAUUGAUGGCGUGGUCGGACAGAGUCCGAGACAUCUUUGGAGCGGCACUUCAGAUACGCGUGUAGUGGCAUGUUAUCCAUUGGACGAAGAAUGCGGGGUUAACAGCUCUUCGUCGGAUGUUGUAGAUAACAUCGGAGCUCUAAAGGAGCGGAAACACGACAUUAUGUACAAUCUUAAAAUCGGGGAGGAUAUUUUCCGUUCCAGCUUCGACACAGCUAGGCGCAAAGGCAAAGUUGAGUACGCCAAGAAAGCUGUCGAAAACAGUGGCACGACUAUUGGCAUCAAAUGUACUGAUGGCGUCAUCAUGGGCGUGGAGAAGACGCUGUUGAGCAAGAUGCUGGUACCCGGCACACACCGCCGAGUUUACGCUAUUGACCGUCAUGUUGGACUUUCCAUGGGUGGUCUUGUAGCUGAUGGUCGACAAUUGGUCAAUCGAGCACGCGAAGAAGCACUUAACUACAAGAAGAAUUAUGGCUGUUGCAUCCCACCGCAUCUCCUGGCGGACCGCAUGGGACAAUUCGUGCACUAUUACACGCUUUACGGCUCGAUUCGACCUUUCGGGACUGCUAUAAUGCUUGCUGGGUAUGACCAAGACAUGAAGAAGACUAGCCUUUAUAUGGUAGAACCCUCAGGAGUCACUUAUAGCUAUCGCGGAUGCGCGCUGGGUAAGGGCCAGCAAUCUGCCAAGACAGAAAUUGAAAAAUACAAGCUCUUUGAUAUGACGUGUCGCGAAGCUAUGAAAUAUGUUGCCAAGAUUAUCAACACGCUACAUGACGAGGUGCGCCACCCGUUUGAGCUAGAAUUAAGCUGGAUUUGUGAGGAGACAAACUGGCAGCAUUGUCUAGUUCCGGACAAUUUGCGUGAUGAAGUAAACGAGUGGGCCAUUCAAUCAAUUAAAGAGGAGGAAAUGGACGACGACGACGAAUAA